AUGGGGUGGCUGCCACUCCUGCUGCUUCUGAUAUGGUUCUCAGGGGCCCCUGGGCAGCGCUCGCCCUUGAAUGACUUCCAGGUGCUUCGGGGUACGGAGCUGCAACACCUGCUACACUCAGUGGGGCCCAGGACUUGGCAAGAAGAUGUGGCAAAUGCUGAGGAAUGUGCAGGCCGCUGUGGGCCCCUCCUGGACUGCAGGGCCUUCCACUACAACUUAAGCAGCCAUGGUUGCCAGUUGCUGCCAUGGACCCAGCACUCACCUCAUACACGACUGCAGCGUUCUGGGCGCUGUGACCUCUUUCAAAAGAAAAACUAUGUUCGCACCUGCAUCGUGGACAACGGGGUCGAGUACCGGGGAACUGUGGCCAUCACCGUGGGUGGCUUACCCUGCCAGCGCUGGAGCCACAGGUUUCCCAAUGACCACAAGUUCACACCCACACUCCGGAACGGCUUGGAGGAGAACUUCUGCCGCAACCCGGACAGGGACCCUGGAGGUCCCUGGUGCUAUACAACCGACCCUGCCGUGCGCUUCCAAAGCUGCGGCAUAAAGUCCUGCCGGGAGGCCGCUUGCCUUUGGUGCAAUGGUGAGGAUUACCGCGGCUCGGUGGACCGCACCGAGUCAGGACGCGAAUGUCAACGCUGGGACCUGCAGCACCCGCAUCCACACCCCUUCGAGCCGGGCAAGUUUCUGGACAAAAAUCUGGACGACAACUAUUGCCGAAAUCCGGACGGCUCGGAGAGGCCCUGGUGCUAUACAACUGACCCGCAGAUGGAGAGAGAGUUCUGCGACCUCCCCCGCUGCGGGUCCGAGGCACAGCCGAGCCAGGAAGCCACGACGCUCAACUGCUUCCGCGGGAAAGGCGAGGGCUACCGGGGCACAGUCAACACCACGGCCGCGGGCGUGCCCUGCCAGCGUUGGGAUGCACAGCUCCCACAUCAGCAUCACUUUGCGCCUGAAAAGUAUGCGUGCAAGGACCUCCGGGAGAACUUCUGUCGAAACCCCGACGGAUCGGAGGCGCCCUGGUGCUUCACAUCGCGGCCUGGCAUGCGCAUGGCCUUCUGUUACCAGAUCCGGCGCUGCACCGACGACGUGCGGCCCGAGGACUGCUACCAUGGCGCGGGGGAACUGUACCGCGGCUCUGUUAGCAAGACCCGAAAGGGCAUUCGGUGUCAGAACUGGUCGGCUGAGACGCCGCACAAGCCGCAGUUCAAGCAUACUUCUGCCCCACACGCGCCCCUGGAGGAGAACUUCUGCCGGAACCCAGAUGGGGAUAGUCACGGGCCCUGGUGCUACACCAUGGACCCGGGGACUCCAUUCGACUACUGUGCGCUGCGGCGCUGUGGCCCCUCUGCACCCCCCAGGUCCAUCCAGUCGGGGGUCUCAUCCAGCACACUCUGUCCCCCAGACCAGGUGCUGUUUGAUAAAUGUGGCAAGAGAGUGACUCGAGUGGACCCGUGGCGCUCCAAGCUGCGUGUGGUUGGGGGCCAGCCUGGGAACUCACCCUGGACAGUCAGCUUGCGCAACCGGCAGGGCCAGCACUUCUGCGGAGGCUCUCUAGUGAAGGAGCAGUGGGUUCUGACUGCCCGGCAGUGCUUCUCCUCCUGCCAUAUGUCUCUCGUGGGCUAUGAGGUGUGGCUGGGCACCCUGUUCCAGGACCCACAGCCCGGGGAGCCAGACCUGCAGCGCAUCCCAAUGGCCAAGAUGGUCUGUGGGCCCUCUGGUUCCCAGCUUGUUCUGCUCAAGUUAGAGAGACCCGUGAUCCUGAACCAGCGUGUGGCCCUGAUCUGCCUGCCCCCUGAGCGGUAUGUGGUGCCUCCAGGCACCAGUUGUGAGAUUGCAGGCUGGGGUGAGACCAAAGGUACAGGGGACGACACGGUCCUAAAUGUGGCCCUUCUGAAUGUCAUCUCCAACCAAGAAUGUAAUGUCAAGCACCGAGGACGCGUACGGGAGAGUGAGAUGUGCACUGCAGGACUGCUGGCCCCUGUGGGAGCCUGUGAGGGUGACUACGGGGGCCCACUUGCCUGCUUUACUCAUGACUGCUGGGUCCUGCAGGGAAUUAUAAUCCCCAACCGAGUGUGCGCACGGCCCCGCUGGCCAGCCAUCUUCAUGCGUGUCUCUGUGUUUGUGGACUGGAUUCACAAGGUCAUGAGGCUGGGCUAG